CUCGGCUGUCUCCGGGUAGAGAUGGAGCUCCGUGCGGUCCUCCCGGCUCUGCUCGUCCUCUCCGCCGCCUCUCUGCAGCCGGUGAGCGGCGCGUCUUCACGGACCGGACCGAGAGUCACGGAGAAGGUGUUCUUCGACAUCACAGUAGCAGGUCACGAGGUCGGGCGGAUCGUCGUCGGCCUUUUUGGGGAGGUCGUCCCACUCACUGUCAAUAACUUUGUCUCCCUGGCAACCGGAGAGAAAGGUUACGGCUACAAAGGGACAAAGUUCCACAGAGUCAUCAAGGACUUCAUGAUCCAGGGAGGAGACUUCACCGCCGGAGACGGAACCGGAGGUCACAGCAUCUAUGGAACAACUUUUACAGAUGAAAACUUCAAACUGAAGCAUUUGGGAGCCGGCUGGGUGAGUAUGGCGAACGCCGGUCCCGACACCAACGGGUCUCAGUUCUUCAUCCUGGCUGCCAAAGCUCCGUGGCUGGAUGGGAAACACGUGGUCUUUGGCAAAAUCCUGGACGGGAUGUCGGUGGUUCACACCAUCGAGCUCCAGGACACCAACGACAGGAACCUUCCGUACACCGAAUGUGUGAUCGUCAACAGCGGCCACAUCCCCGUCAAAGAGCCCUUCGUGGUGGAGGUGGAGGGCUGGUAGACGGUUUAUUAUACAUUAUUAAUAAUCUGGUGAUCCACCAGAAGUCCAGUUUGCCAAAUUCACUUUUUCAUAUCAUCACUUUUGCAUGUUAACGAGCUAAUGCAAGCAAGAAGGGCUCGGUAUUGUGUGAAAUGUUUUGGUACAGAGUUUGCUGUAUUGAUACCAAAACAUUGACAUUUUUAAGAAAGAUAUACAUGAUUCUCUUGUUUCUAUGUCACAAACCUUGAGCUUAUCUUAAACACAAAACAUUUGAAUGAUCAGAAAUGAUGAUUCAAAUAUGUAAACAUUUGAUCGAAGAGCCUGAACAAAACUAACAAUUUAAUCACGCAGUUUUAAAUAUAUUUAAAACGUUUUUGAUGCUGCUUUGGAGCAUUUUUUUUUUUUGGUACCCAAAAACAUAUUAAGGGUUCAAUACUCAGCUCUAUUAGGAACAUGGACGUCAACAUGUUUACAUGCUACCUGAGCAUCUCGAUGUUAUGUGGAGCAUGUUAAAAUCUACCUGUAACAUGCUAACUGUAGGCUUGCUAAUGCUAGCAUGCUAACAAACUUUCCUCUGAUGGAUUUUUACUGAGAGAUACAAUAAGUAAUAUAUUCAGUUAUUUAAACGGACAUAUCACACUAAACAUGCCUAAACCCUGCUAUUGUAAAAGUCGUCUAAGCAACACGGAAAAAACAGACAAUUCGUGUCCCUGUACAAAAAACCAAUAGGUUGCAUAUCGUUACUAUUUCAUUAACUGCCAUCAGACUGUGUUGAAACUUCAUGGAAACUUGCACUUCCAGAACAAUGUAGCUCCUCUUUAUGCUCUUAUUGCCAACAUAUUUGCCAAAUUUGUUCGCACUUUCUAUGCAUCUUGUCAAUACCUAAAUAUCAAUUUCAAACAUAUGCAAAAAAGACUAACUGUAGCAAGUGUCAAAUGCCAUUCUUGCACUUUGUUUUUUAUCUUUUUAUCAUUGAAAAUGAAGAUUUCCAUUCUAAUGUUUUGAUUAAAAAGAGAUAUUUUCUUCCUGAUGCUUUAUUAUGCACCACAUCAUGUUUGCAAAAAAUACAGCACAAAUUGCACGAGAAGGAAAAAGUGUGGAUAUUAAUACUGUAGCUGUCCUCUCAAUAAUGUUUUUAAAUGUUGUACUUUGUGUCGGACGUGUGUUGUUAACCACUGUUACUAAAUUCUGACUGUUAUUGUUUAAUCUUUUGUCAUUGUUCCUUUAAAUGUUAUUGUUGUGAUUUCAGUAAACACUAAACUGUCACGGUAGCAUUAUUAUCUAGAGAAGUUAUGACUGAUAUUCCUCAUGUCACUGAAGUUAAUGCAGCUUUUAAAACCUCUGUAACGAACAUAUCAGGAGUUCUGUUUUCAUUAUCUUUACAGUAACAGCAGAAGAAGAGUGCCAACAGGUGUGUUUUCUACAAUGAACAAUAUGCUGUUGAAAAACUAA